UUCAGCUCUGCGUUUCACACACAAGGAUAGAAGAUUCCAUACAGAUAGACAUACAGAUACAAUGCUGCUCCCAGCGAGCGUUGUGAUUGGCCUGCUGUGCCUGUGUCAUGCCGGCGGUGCGUGGGGGUUCGCACGUCUGGUGGACGACGUGGAGCUACGCUCGGCUUUCUCGGUUGCACGCACCACCAGCAUGGAGGGCGGGCCCAAGAUGACUGUGACCUUUGACGCCGUUUACGUCAACAUCGGCGGGGAUUUUGACCCCAAGACCGGCUUGUUCCGCUGCCGUAUCACCGGGGCUUACUACUUCUCCUUCACGGUGGGAAAGUUUCCGCACAAAGACCUGUCAGUCAUGCUGAUGAAGAACAGGAACGAGGUGCAGGCCAUCGUGUACGAGGAAAACGCUGGGGAGGAGAGGAAGGUGCAGAGCCAGAGUGUCAUGCUGCAGCUGGAGUUCGGUGAUACCGUCUGGCUCCGUCUCCAUGGUGACCCUCGCUACGCGCUCUACAGCAACACCGGACACUACACCACCUUCAACGGCUACCUCGUCUACCCCGACACCUACGGCUUCCAGACACACCAACACCGACAUCAUCCUGCCUCAAACUCCCAGCAGCCCCGGCAAGACAACACCCCACAGUUGAAUAGCAACCAGGACACAGAGCACGUCAGGUCUGGGACGAGAGACACGGUGGUGGUGGCGGCGGCGGAGGAAGGGAAGGAAUUGCAAAAUAGGGAGGAAGAGGAGGAUGAGGACGACGAAGAGGACGAACAGAGAUCUGCCUUCUCGGUGGGGCGCACCCAGAGCAUCGUGGGAGUCAACCAAGUGGGCAUGCCGCAGCACCAGCCGGUCGGCUUCGACACGGCCUUCGUCAACAUCGGAGAGGACUUUAACGUGACGGAGGGGGUGUUCACCUGCCGCGUUGCCGGCGCCUACUACUUCUCCUUCAACGUGGGCAAGCUGCCGCAGAAGACGCUGUCCGUCAAGCUGAUGAAGAACCACCUGGAGGUGCAGGCAAUGAUCUACGACGACAGCCAGGGCGAGAAAGCUCUGCAGAGUCAGAGCUUAAUGCUGUCCCUAAAAACCGGCGACACCGUCUGGCUCUACUCCCACCAGAAAGAUGGUUUCGGGGCCUACAGCAACCACGCCAAGUACAUCACCUUCACUGGCUUCCUGGUUUAUCAGGACUUACCCAACACCACCAGCAUCAGCAGCAGCAGCAGCAGCCAAUCACAUGCAGAGAAGAAACCCUAGCUGCAGCACAUGAGCUAGGGACUGAACGUUGUGGGAGGAAUUCAUGCAGAGUGGAAAAAGUCUCCAUGCACAAAAGGUUUGUGGGUAGCGUGCAGAGUGGAGAGUACUCGUGGUCGUCUAUGACGAUUCCUCUUCAUAUGAAUUCCUUUCGCAAAAGUCACAGGGACCUUGGACUGAGCGUAGUGCUUAAAUGAAAAUAUCUUCUAUUUCCAGCUAAUGGAACCUUGAAUGGCAAUGUGAACUCUAAUUGAAUAUUUCACUCUAUAAUGGAAACUCAAGUCAUUAGCAGCCAAACUCUCGUUUUCAGUUAGAAGUAGUGUACGUCCAUGUCAUUGAAAUUCAUAGCAGAACUACCCUGUGUCCACUCUUAGUACUUUGUGAUUUAAAUAUUUUUAAUAUUGAAAUGAUUAAUAGUGGGUUCAAAAGUUGAAACAUUCUCUGGUGGAAGAAAGUUAGCUCCAGCAUCUCCCUUAAGAUGAAAACUAAUGGCAUUUUUCCAUUACGUGGUACCUGCUCGACUUGC